AUGACACCGCUGGAUAAAUUCGCCAGCAUUGAGGUCCGUCGUGAGGAUGAGUUCUCACCACUGAAGAAUGCCCGCGGCACUGGUGAGGAUGACCCUGACACCAGCCGUGACGAUAUUAUGGCGCAGGGCCAGCGCUGGGUCGAGGCUGCUGGAGGUAUUGUCGUUACUGAGGGUGAUGCCAAGGGCGUUGAAGUUUCCCCACUGAUCAGCUACGUAUGUUAUAUCCCGCUUCUUUUGAUUGCUUCCACUGAUAGUCCCAGGCUGGUGAGAACCUGGAAUUCCUUAAGGGACGGGAGAUUAAGGCCCCUGCUAUUUUGGAGCGGGAAGAGUAGAGUAGAUGUCACAAUAGAUAUCAAUCUUAACAUUGGGAAAGAAUUGAACAGCCUUGGAAUGGAUCUACAUCUACAGCUUUGGACAGAAUGUAGGGGGGAGAAUUUCCUGGACCGAUGA